AUGUUCAUCUACUCCCCGCCCUUCACCUCAAUCCACCUGCUAAACAUCAUAGUUCAAUUCGUCUUCGACUUUUGCCUGUACAAAUUCUGCAAUUCUUCCCCCCAGUCUAUUUACUACCUCAUCCUCAGCUCCUUCCUCGCCGGCUCCCUCCAUCCUUGCGCCGGCCACUUUAUAGCGGAACACUAUUUUUUCUCAAAAACUGGCGCAGGAACCGAAUCGAUCGAGGAACUGCGGCGACAGAAGAGUGAUAACCAAGAGGCGGAUAAGCCGGCAGGAGAUGCUUCAUCCCCACUGGCGAACCUCACCCCACCAGAAACAUAUUCGUACUACGGUCCUUUGAACCUCCUAACUUACAAUGUCGGUCUGCACAACGAACAUCAUGAUUUUCCAGCCGUGCCAUGGACCAGACUGUAUGCUCUACACAAUAUUGCCAAGGAAUUUUAUGAACCUCUCCCAUCGCAUCGUAGCUGGGUCUGGGUUAUUUAUACCUUUAUCUUGGACUCAAAUGUCGGAUUGUGGUGUCGUGUAAAGAGGGCUGAAGGUGGCAGAAUUGUAGGAGGAGGCGGAGGAGGAGCUACUGCUGCUGGUGAUGGCGGCGGGUGGAAGGAAUCUGAGAUUCAAAAUUGA